AUGACCGACUUCGCAGAAUCAGCACUGGCAGCUUCGGUGUCAAGUCCUCCGUCUCAGCCUGCAGAUCAUAUAGCUCCAGGACAAGAUGGGGACAAUAAAUUUCAAAAGGCAAUAUCGGCGUGGAGGACUAUUGACCUUACCUCCAUGAUUCCAUCCCUUGACAAUACCGCAUCCGAAAUCGUUCAAUAUCAGAGGGACUCAACUGUGCAGCGCAAGGAAUUGGCACAGAAGACGAAAGAUUUCCGCAAGUUGGACGACUCAAAUAAACUAUCUGAAAUCAAAGGAUUACUAAAAGCAUAUCAAACCUUCAUAGAUCUCCUGACAAACCAUUCCAAAUCUACGAAUUCGGCCUUCCUACAAGUGUAUUCAUCUCUAUCCGAGGCCCCAGAUCCAUACCCUUUGCUGGAAGCAUCUGUCGAUUCAUUACUGCUAUCCGAGGAUACGCUCCCUAAGAUUACACAAGAGAAUGAACAUCUUCAAAAGAGUGUCAGUAAACUCACGACUCAAUUGGAGGAUACGGAAUCCAGAUUAGAAGCGGAAAGAAUAACGCGCAAGAAUUUGGAGGAAGGUCUAGAAACCAAGGUCAAAGAUGUCGAAACUUCUUGGGCCGCUGUGCUGGAGGAGAAAAAGGACAAUUGGGAAGCAAAGGAGAAAUCAUUAGAAGAAAAGGUGGAAAACCAAGACCGUUUGUUGAGCGAAAUCAAGGCAAGCUAUGAGGUCAACCAGCGUUUGGGACAAUCCGAGAAUGCUGAUGCAGAUGGAGGUCGCGGGCAUGUUACGAGUGCAGAAUUGGAGAUGGUCACAUCAGAUUUGGAGCGUACGAGUGUCCGUUUAGCAGAAGUCGAAGCUCGAAAUGAGCAAUUGCGAAUAGAAUUAGCUCAGUCAGCUUCACAAGUUCCAAGCCAGCCAGCAUUGGCUUUGGAAGACGAACCCGCCUACAUGCGCUUAAGAUCGGAAAACUCAUCGUUGUUAAGGAAAUUAGAUGCUGCAAGAGUGGAAAGAGAUGCAAAGAAGCGAGAUCUUGAUACUAAGCUCCGAAGCUUAGAGAGGGAGAUUGGAAUGCUCAAAGAAGAACGCGAUUCACUGAAGACCAAAGUCCAAAAGUGGAGUGAUUAUGAAGACGUGAAGCAGGAACUGGAGGUUUUGAAGAGUAUCGAAUUUUCUAUGGGAGAUGACGAUGAAACACAAGACAAUGGGGCUAGUUCAACUACGCCAGAACCGACAGGAAAUGGUUCUGGAAAAGUGAAAGGGGAGACAUUAGAGCAGCUUCUUCUUGCUAGGAACAAGAAAUUGGGUGACGAACUCACAGUCCUGAGAGUUUCACAUCAAGAUCUACAGAGUCGCUUGCAAAAUAUGCAGGAAACUCUUUCUACGACCAAUGCCGAGUUGGAAAAGUCGCAAACUUUGGUCACUACAUUAGAGAAUGACCUGACAAACAUGCAAAACGGGGUGAGCGCCUAUCCUUCUGCUCCUUCUGUGGCUGGAACGUAUUCAAGCCGUUAUCCUCAGUCAGCAAUCGGCCAGUUUGCGUCAAGGAACCGCAAAAUAUCUCCUACAUCAUCAAUUAUAUCUGGAUUUGAUCCUAGAACGCCUAUGGGCAGCACACCUGUGGAUGUUCUUAGAUCUGGCGAGCCUGUAGGGGGAGGUUCGGGUAUUCUUCCCAUGGUUACCGCGCAGCGUGAUCGAUUCAAGAAGCGCAACUCGGAAUUAGAGAAUGAGCUUUCCGAAAGCCAUCGCACGGUGUCAUCACUUAGGCAGGAGAUCUCUGCCUUGCAGAAAGAUAAUCUGAAUCUGUAUGAAAAGACAAGAUACGUGUCAACAUAUAAUCGAGCAGGGCCAACAGCUUCAUCGGCGUCCUCUUAUGCUACCAACCCUAAUCCUUCCACGGUACAAAUAUCCUCAUCGACAUCUUCUGGUCUCGCCUUGAAUCGAUACCGUUCAGCAUAUGAAUCCAACAUUUCGCCCUUUGCUGCAUUCCGUGGGCGAGAAUCAGCUCGAGCGUAUAAACGUAUGAGUUUACCGGAAAGGAUAGUAUUCUCAAUCACAAGAAUGGUAUUAGCAACUAGAACUAGCCGAAACUUAUUCGCAGGUUAUUGCGUGGCUCUUCAUUUAAUGGUGUUCUUUUCAUUAUAUUGGUUAGGUAGUGUUGAUGUCGAUCAGCAUGGAAGUCAUCUAGGUCAAGCGGCUCUUGCAGCCGCUGGGGGUGCUAAAGGAAUGGUCGAUGCUGGGAACGAUGCUGCGCAUGGUGAUUGGCAUCAGGAGGGAUUUAAUGGGAAGGUAUCUUGA